GAUCCGGCGGUCGGCAGCUGCGGGAGGGCUUUCACGUGGCUCUAUGGCUGGGCUCCGGGUCGAGCUGCUGGCGGUCCUGACUGGGACUGUGCUGCUGGUGUCCGUCCGGGGCUGGGAGCGGAUCAACGAGACUCAGCUCCUCAGCUUCUACGAGACGGGGCAGUGGGGCGAGCCUCUCAGCGUUACGUCGCCAGAUGACAGCAACGACUACGACGACAGUGAGGAUGCAGUUCCUGAAGUCGAAGGUGCUGCCACCAGUGACGAUUUCAACCCUUUUGCUGGCCAUGGAUUCCAGGUUGAAGAUGACGAUUCUGGCCCAAGAAAUUGGGCCAGCAGUACAGAUGGUGGAUUCCAGGUGGAAUUUGUAGACGCCCCUCCAAGGAGCUGGACCAGUAGUACCUGUCCAAGUUCUGCUGGGCUAGCUGUUGUUUGUAGUGAAACUGGCUUCCAAAUUACUCUGCCAACAGGUCAAUUAAGUGAAGUUAAAGUUUUGGGCACGAAGGACCUGCUGUCUGUCAUGGAUGCGCCAAAAUCUUGUGGCUAUGAUGUGAACCCUCUUGAGAACACUUUGACUGUACCGUUCACUGGGUGCAAUGUGAAACAUAGUGAUGGCUACAGCCUGCAGUUGUUGUACGUCAAUGAGUUGAGUCAGACACAAGUUGCUACCGCAUCUUGUGAGGAAAGUCCAAAGUUUGACCCUGGCCUGUUCCCUCGCUCCAGUGGCCAACCCCAACUCAAGCAAAAGUGCAAUAAAGCAACCACUGCUCCACCACCAGCAUUAAAGGCGCAAAAUUGUUCUGUCCACACGGGGGAGCAGGUGACUUGUGGCCACUCAGGAAUAACUUCAUCAGAUUGUGAAAAGAUGGGGUGCUGUGUUGAUUCUUCUACAUCUGCCUGCUACUAUCCACUGGAUGAGUGCACUGGGGAUCAACACUUUGUUUUCGCCAUUCGCUACGACUCUGCAUCAAUCCCUGUAGACCUCACCGCGCUUGUUAUUCCUGGAAAUACAAACUGUAAACCAGUCAUUGUUAAUGACAAGGUUGCCAUCUUUAAGUUCAAAGUUACAGAAUGUGGAGCUCGUACUUAUGAAGUUGGUGAGACAAAGAUCUACCUGGCCGAGGUGCAGACUGUUGUCAAAGCUCGGAACCUCAAAUAUGGUGUAAUUACAAGAAGUGAUCCACUCAGGUUCAUGGUUGAAUGCCGUUAUAGCAAAGGGGGCAUUGCUCAGCAGUCACUGGCCAGUGUUGGCUACAUGGUCAAGAUCCCGAGUUCCACCUUGCCAUCAACAGUAAUCUCCAAUGGCUUAUAUGGUGUUCAGUUGAGAAUUGCUGAAGAUCAUACAUAUUCACGUUACUUGCCCACUUACCAUCAGCCCUUGCGACGGCUCCUUGGCAAUAAAGUCUAUCUUGAACUGCGCCUGAAGUCUCCCAAACCAGAUGCAGUAAUUCUUGUCAACUACUGUCUAGCUUACCCUCGCUCGGCAAAGAAUGCACUGGUGCUUAUUUAUGAAGGGUGUGCCAACCCUUAUGAUCCAAAUGUGUCCAUCCUUAAAGUCAGUGACCUUCCCAAAAAUCGCUACCAGAGGCGCUUCAUGGUCAGUGCCUUCCAGUUUAUGGAUCAAAAGACAAACAAGUACCUUGAUGAAGAAAUCUAUUUCAUGUGCUCUGCUGAAGUUUGUAUGCCAGUAGAAAGGAUGUGUGAAGAGCGGUGCUUUGAUGGAAAGGUACAAUAAGGAUUUGCAGUAGAAGACCAAUUUAGAUAAUGAUGAACUGGAAAAAAAAUAAAUAACAUUUUAUACAGUAA